CACGUGCUGUCAUCGUGGUGCGCCGCUGCCCAAGAAAACGUGUUUUUGUUGAUCGUAACCGCUGCUGGAAAACGCAUUUAUUUUGUAAAAGAAGCGAAAUUUAGUUCGAUAACUCCUUCACAUACCUGGUACAAUCAUGAUUCAAACAAAGAAACGAUCGGUAUCGUCGUCCGAAAAUGGUGCGUCAGACAAACCGGUGAAAAAGCUCAAGAAAGAUUCCGCAACCAAACCGGCCGACACAAAACCGAAAGUGAAGACACUCAAAAAGGACGGCACGGUAAAGCCGAGCUUUAGCAAACCUGCAGGGAAAUUUCAGAAGAAAACCUCACCCUCCGCCGGUGGCGGUAAGCCGGGUGAAAAGGUGGAGAAGAAACCGUUCGUCGCCAAUACGCCCGAAUCGAAGAAAGAGUACUGGAAUGGGUUGAAGGCGAAGCAGAAGGAACUUCGCCAGCAACGUCGCCAGAACAAAUCGAAGGAACUGUACGAGCUGAGCGUGAGUGCGAAGAAAAUCUACGAAAAGUUGAAGCGCAAGACGGCCGAAGGCAAGGAGGAGCUGGUGCAGAAGCUGCACGAGCUGCUGGGCAAAGAGAAUGCGUACGCGAAGAUCGCCACCUCGCACGAUACGGCCCGUGUCAUCCAGUGCAUGAUCAAGAACGCGUCGGAAGAGAUCCGGGAUCAGAUCGCGAGCAGCCUGAUGCCGUGCGUGGUCGAUCUGGCAACGUCCAAGUACGGGCAUCACUGCGUUACCAGCUUGUUCAAGCACGGCUCGAAGCACCUGUGGGCUCGGGUGGUGGACGCGAUCAUAAAGGACGUUCUGAAGAUGGUCAAUCAUACGUUUUCGAGCGCGAUCGUAGACAGUGCGUACAACGAGUACGCGACCAACGAGCAGCGCAGCUUUAUGCGGCAAGCGUUCUACUCCGAGCUGUACAAGUUGGACAAGGAUCGAACGGUGCACGCGAUGAAGGAUUGCUGGAAGACGAACGCGUACAUGAAGACGAGCGUGCUGUCGACGGUGAAGGAACAUCUGGUGCAUGCUGCAAACAAGAAGCUAACGGACAACAGUUUGCUGCACGCGCUGUUGAUGGAGUUUCUCGAGGAAGCGGGCACCACCGAACGGUCAGAGGUGAUGGAACUCUACAUCCCACUGUUGGCAUCGAUUUCAAGCACCCGGGACGGUACCGGCGCGGCAAUCUACUGCUUCCUGCACUCGGUCGUAAAAGAUCGCCGUGCUGCCCUGAAAGCCAUGAAGCCGUACAUCGAAAAGCUGUCCAUUCACGAGCAUGGCCACCGGUUGAUUAUGUGCAUACUGAACUGCUACGACGAUACGGUCACACUGGGCAAGCAAGUCAUCGCUCCCAUCAUGGAGCAGGUGGAAACGAUCGUGGGCAGCGGGGAAUGGGGCCGCAAGGUGGUCGGGUGGAUUUUCUCACCCGACGACAAAGAUUUGCUCCAUCCGACGCAGAUCGAGCUGCUGAACGGGUACCUGGAGCACAGCAAGAAGGAUAAGGAAGUUCGCCGCAAGGAGGUGUUUGCUGCCGCCAAGGAAACGUUCUGCAAGCAGAUGGAAAGCAAUGCGAGCUUUUGGUUGCGGGGCGGUCACACCGCCCUCCUGACAGCGUCUAUUCUCAAAAACUUCCAAGGCGAAGAAUUGGCCCAGUUGCAUCGUGCACUAGCGAAGGUGGUGUGCGACCCCGACUGGAAGGUGCACGAGAACGAAAUCAAUCUCGACGGGUCCAUCCUGUCGCUGGAAGUGGACAAAAAGCCGAAGGAAAACGUUACGCCAGGCACGGAGCGCAAGAUAAAGAAGAUCAAAAAGAGCCCAUUUGAGGAGGAUAAAGCAGCGGCUCGCGAGAAACAGCUAGCCUCAAAUCCGCUGAUAAACGGGCUCGAGCAUGCUGGUAUACAUAUUGCGCUGAAGAAAAUGAUCAAACAAGAUCAGGAAAAGCGCCAGCUGGCCGGUGAAGACGUUUCCCAGUUCGGGUUUGCGAUCGUGGAGGAAUUGACCGUUGAGCAUGCCGGCACGUGGAUCGGUCAGAAUCGGCCCUCCUUUCUGCUGUUGCUAAUAUUCGAAAAUUCCACCGACGAAGUGCAGCAAAUGUUGAGGAAAAAGCUUGUACCGCUUAAGAAGGAACUAAAAGCACAGAAACAUACGGGCGGUAAGCUGUUGGCGGAGAAACUGAAGCUGUAGGGGAAGAAUAUGCACACACUGCCUUAGAUGUGGAUGUGUGUGUGUGUGGUUGGUAUAAAAGAAAAAAUAAAUAUAAAUUCGAACUCAAAA